AUGAGGAUACUUGAUGAACAAGGACGGACAAUCACCGACCUCAUGAAGACACCGGGUCGUCCUUUAAGCCCACACAUUACCUGUGUCCAUUCAUCCAAAAUCUCUUCUGAAAAGCAGCUCAUGGACACAAUGUUCAUUGUUGGUGGUUGGACCCCAACAGCUACGUCAUGCGCUGUGGAACGAUUUUAUCCUCUCUAUAAUGAAUGGAGAACAAUGGCGCCAAUGCUGAAGCGUUGUGGAGAUGUAGCUGUCUGCUCAUUGGGUGGAAUGAUCUUUACUCUAGGUGGACGUGAUGACAUCACCAGUGUGAGCAGUGUGGAGAAGUAUGACCCAAACACAAAUCUGUGGAGCAGAGAGGUGGCAUCCCUCAGCAGCCCCCGCAGUGGCGUGUGUGUGGUGGAGAUGGAUGGGCUCAUGUAUGCCCUGGGGGGAUUUGAUGGAACAGUCUGUACCAACAUCGUAGAGAGAUAUGAUCCUGUGCUGGACACUUGGACCAAAAUGGCUCCAAUGCUCCAGCAUCGCACUGGGGCGUCUGCGGCAGUACUGGAUGGGUUCUUAUAUGUCAUUGGAGGAACUGAUGGAGACAUUCCAUUGAAUUCAGGUCAGAAGUGA